GUAAAUGAAUGAAUGCAACUUUUUCAUAAAGGUUCAUUGAGCGUGUAAUAAUUAAAUGUUAAUAUUGGAAUUUUAGCCAAAAGUGAAAUCUAUUCGGAGUGCGUCGAAGGCUACAGCACAGCGUUCAAGUAGUAGGCUUUUUUAAGUGUCAAUUAUUGUGGAGAGAGAACUUUUUAUCGACAGACUGUAGCCUACCUGACCUAUCCUCCCAAGUUGUAGCCUAGCCUACUUUAAACCUUACUACCAAGAUGUCGAGGGAAUUUCAGCACGGAUUAUUUGGAUGUUUCGAUAACGUCUGGAUUGUGCAUUGGUGCAUAUUGUUCGCCUUGUUACACGUUCGGUAAAAAUGCCGAGGCUGUAGGCGAGGGAUGCUUUUUGUGUGGUUUAAUGUAUACAAUUCCGAUUGCUAAUAUUAUUAGUUUGGUUAUAAUUCGUGGAAAGAUUCGGGAACAGCGCGGUAUAGCUGGCUCGACCAUCAAUGACCUGAUGCUAGUAAGUUUCUGCACGUUGUGUACAUUGGUCCAAGAAGCUCAAGAAGUCCAGGGAUCUGCUCCUGCAGGUGUCAGUAUGGUUCGAGAGUAACAAGAAAAUUAAAAAUAGCUUUGUUGCCGAUUUUUAUUACAUCUUUGGAUAAAACCCAGUACUGUAAACUAUAAAAAACGUUCGUCUUAUUACGACCAACUCACACAUUUCGAGGGUUCACAAGUUUUGAAUCCGAAGACUCAACUUAAAAGUAUUCUGUUUUGGACACUGGGAAACCCAUAAAUAAAGAAACGUUAAGGAUAACAACUUAGUUUCUCGAAAAUCGUGUCUUGGAAUCUGUACCAUUUCCAGCUGUGUCGACUGGGCUAGAAGCAAGAAAAAUGCAUAUUUAACUACGGAUAGCUACUUAGAUAUCAGGGAAUAGGCCUAUAUCUAGCCGUCGGAUGUAUGAUAAGUGUUCUUAUAAUAUAAAUAUAACAAUUUUGAACAACCAUGUAAUUCCGGUUCCUGUUUUGCGUCAAUCGAAAAUAUAUAGAAAGCUAGAUGAAAUGUCGUCAACGGGAGAUUUGGAAUGGAAACGAAAGUCAUGCAUUUCUCUUAAUAUUAUUUGUGAAGUGGAAUUUUAGAGCAAUCCUUGUUCUCUGACCUUCAAUUAUCUAUUCAUUUUUCAAAAACGGUCAGAUUUUAAAAAAUCUCAAAAUAUAGUAAGUAAUUUGGUGCUUUUUUUCAUUUUAAAAUGUAACAGCAAACAGAAUAUGUAAUUUCAAAACCUUAAGAGUUGAAAUAUUUCAGUUUACUCUGGAAAUAUGAUACAAUAAUAAUUGUUUUUUCAAUAAUAAAUUUUGAUUAUUU